GACAGCAACAAUUAAAAGCCCAGCACAGUAAAGCAGCAGGCCAGUCUAUGACAGGGCAUGUGGCUGGAAAGAAUCUAAAUGCAACAAAUUCAGGGAUAUAAAUGCAACAAAUAAAUAUAAUUCUGGCUGGCAGAGAGAGCUCCUCCUUCUCCUCGCCCUGCCAAGCUCCUUGAUCCUUUUAAACUGAGCUCUUGGGAUGCUGCAAAGAGUUAAGUCAACAGAGGCUGUAGUUGCUAGAGAAGGGCCGGAAAUCUGUGGGUUUUCCUUUCUUAAAAGUGUGUCUCUGUGUGUGUGUGUGUGUGGCUGGGGGGUGGAGAAUGGGAAACCCUCCAGUCUCCUUCCUGCUCCACCUUCUCCAGGAGGGAACCUGCCUUUUGAAUCCCCAGCCUCGGUUUGCACUGCUGAUCUGCAAAAGAGUUUUGCUCUGGAUUUAUUUCUGCUGCAUCUCUGGAAGGGAGGCCCAUCAUCUGUGAGUUCAGCUUGUUUGAAGGGCAGAAGUACGGUAGAGACACGAGCCAUUUAUCCAAAAGUCUGAAGUUAUAAGAAGGCGAGGAAGAGUGGUGUGAGGCUUGAAUUGCGAUAAGGCUGUCCCGUUGCUCGGGAAAGAAAAUGGCCGACCAGCAAAGGAUUCUGGGAGGCCAGGCUGCUCUGGAUGAAGACCAAAUGGAUGAGGAGGACCUCAUGGGCCCUGAACAAGUUGAGGGAUCUGGAAGAACGCGGGAAACACCUCACGGCAUCCUUCAUCCCAGGAGCGUCAGGAGAGUUAUGAAGAGGAUAACGAUCCCCCGGGUUAAAGAGGAGGCAGAGGAGGGCCUGCUCCAGAGCCAGGGGUCCGAGUGGCUGGAGUCCCCCGGGGGGAAGCAGGCCCCUUGCUUGCAGCCGACAGAGCCCGCCAUGCCCUGGGGAGACAUCAAGGCCUUCCUGGCCCACUUUGAGGGGGCCGGCGAGGCCAACCAGUGGGCCACCCGGCUGGGAGAAGCAGCCGAGGAGGGCUUGGGCGGCCCCAACGCCCGAGAGAGUUACGGGAAGAUGAAGGCGGCCAUCUUGCGCGGGGAGGCCAGCUGCAGGGAGUGGCAGCGCCAGCGCUUCCGUCUUUUUGCUACGAGGAGGCCGAGGGGCCCCGGGAGGUUUGCGGGCAGCUGCGGGAUUUCUGCCACCAGUGGCUGAAGCCGGAGAGGAGCAGCAAGGAGCAGAUCCUGGAGCUGGUGAUCCUGGAGCAGUUCCUGGCUGUCCUGCCCAUGGAGAUGCAGGGCUGGGUGAAGGGAAGCGGCCCGGAGACCUGCGGGCAGGCGGUGGCCCUGGCGGAGGAGUUCCUGCUGAGGCAGCGAGAGGGCGAGGGCCAGGAAGAGGAGGUCUUGGGGCUGUUUGAGGAAGGAGCUGGGGAUUCCCUCGAGGGUGAGCAGAUCCUGCUGGAUUCCAGCCAGACACAGCUGGACAGUGAACUUGAGCAAGAGAACGACCCAGCAGAUGGGAGCGUCUGUGGUAACCUCGAGGGAUCCAGUGAAAACGAGGCUUCCGUGGGAAAUCCAAAGCAAACAGAGAUUGAUGGAGCCUUGCCCAGAAGAGAAAAAUGUGUUUCCCGGCACCACCCAAAACCAGGACAAACUUCCAAGAAAUGGCUCAGGACAAGGAGGAAGCAGGAAUGCAGCCCAGACAAAAGAUCAGGGGCCUCUUUCCUUGGAGGAGACGAUGUCAAGGACAUCCCAGCGAGGCCUGCGUCCGAGAAGGUGGAGCCCUGUGAGGAAGAGGGGGGCAAUUUUGGUGACGAUGCGGACUUCUUAAUCGAUGCUGAGGGCAAGCCCCACAAACGCUCAGAGUUUGAGACGUCCAGUCAGAGAGCUGAGUUUAUGAAGCAUCGCACGGGAGCCCAAGUGGCAAGUGAGAAGAUUUGCUGCUGUUUGAGCUGCGGGAAAAGCUUGCACUCCGAUUUAAGCCCAGCUGAGCAUGAGCAAAGUGACACACAGGAAGAAGAGGCUUGCAGAUGCUCAGACUGCGGGGAAAACCUCGACAGGGGCUUGGCACUUGUUAAGCGCGCAAUAAUCCACGCAGGAGAGAAGCGUUACGCGUGCUUAACCUGCGGGGAAAAGUUUAGCCUCUAUUCGAGCCUCAUGAAACACAAGCGCACCCACGCUGGAGAGGAGAUGUAUGCGCCCUUUGAGGCCGGGAAGCGAAUCUGCCGGAGCGACAGCCCUCCUUCCGUGACAGAGAAAACUCCGGGGGCAGAGAAGCCUUACACAUGCCCCACUUGUGGGAAGAGCUUCAGUAAGAGUUCCGGCCUCCGUUUCCACAAGAGAAUCCACACUGGCGAGCGGCCUUACGCGUGUGGGGAUUGCGGGAAGAGCUUCAGCCAGAGGUCCAACCUUAUCCUGCACCAGAGGACUCACACCGGGGUGAAGCCUUUCCGGUGUUCCGAGUGCGGGAAGAGCUUCCUGCGCAGCUCGGACCUGGUGAGGCACGAAAUCACCCACACGGGAGAGAAGCCGUACACGUGCGCCGAGUGUGGCAGGUCCUUCGGCCACAACUCAACGCUCAUUGCCCACGAGAGGACCCACACGGGCGAGAAGCCGUACAAGUGCUCCAUCUGCGGUAGAAGCUUCCGGCACCACUCGGGCCUUAUCAAACACGAGAGGACCCACACCGGGGAGAGGCCGUACGCCUGCCCAGCUUGCGGGAAAGGCUUCAGCCAGAGCUCAGGCCUCACGCUCCACAUGAGGACCCACACGGGAGAGAAGCCUUACCAGUGUUCGGCUUGCGGGAAGAGCUACAGCCAGAGGUCAAAGCUUACCAAGCACGAGAGAACUCACCUGAUGGAAAAGAGGGUGUCAAAAUGGGAGUCGGCAGGAAACCAGGACCAAGGUGUGCCUGAGAAGUCAGGAGCGAAGGUGGAGGUGCUGGACCCAAAGGGCCGUGGGCCAGGGGACCGAGUGGAGGAAAAGCAAGAGGGGAAGGAAAACCCUCAAAUUAUCCAGUGUGGAGCCACUGAGGACUUGCUGAGAUGGCCGCCGCUCCCUCAGGUGAAGCAAGAACCGGAUGACAAACUGACUGAGCACUGGGAAGCCCAGUGGCAAGAAUUCUUGAAGGCCACACCAUCCCUUUGCUCGACACUUGAAGACCCACCAGUGUGUCCGCCAUGGAGCGACUCGAUGGCCUUUCUUGCCUCCUUUGAGGGAGCAGCUACCGUUCGCCGCUGGCUCGAGGAGAGUGGUGACCCGUCUCUCACCUUCCUCUGGCAGAGAAGCGACCGCUUCCAGCCCCCUGAACGAAAGAUCAGCAGCUUCGUGAGGUCAAAAGCUUCACAGUCUGGGCUUGCGGAAAGAACUGGUAACUUGGACUCGGGCGGACAUUUGCCGGGAAGAAAUAAGAUGGCGGCCAAGUCGAGGGACGGAUUGGUGCUGGGUCUCCAGCCCGAGGCUGGGCCUCAACAGGGAGUGAAAUUGGAGCAACCGGACCUAGCGGCCCGUGACCCAGGAGUGGGGAACGGCCCGCACGUCAUGCAGGCCAGGAAUACCAGGGAAUUCUGGGAGAGAAACAUGUCGGGCCACGUCAAGCAGGAGCCACAGAAGGGGCUGCAGCAGCCAUGGGAGGCCCAGUUGCAGGAGUUCCUCAGAGCGAUGGAGUCUUCCCACUCCGACGGAAGAAACCAGCACCAGCGGACAUUGGCGUUGCGGGAUGAGGCCCACCCCGUCCUGCCUCCUUCGGUGGGAAUGGAUGGCGCCAGGCCGCAUCUGAGGAACGAGAUGACAACCCCUCUCCUUCCAGGGCCCUGCAGAGAAGCCCAGCAGCCGGCUAACAGCCUCUUGGCCAAAGAGACAGGAGAGUCUGGGAAAGUCAAGGAAGAGGCCCUGGGGGAGGAGGAGAACAGCGUGGCCACUGGCAUGGACGCCGAGCGCCAGCGCUUCCGGCAGUUCGGCUACCAGGAGGCUGAGGGGCCUCGAGAGACUUGCAGCCGCCUCUGGGAUCUUUGCCACUGGUGGCUGAAGCCGGAGAGGCGCAGCAAGGAGCAGAUCCUGGAGCUGAGCUGGGUCAGGAAAGGCGGGCCAGAGAGCUGCUCGCGGGCGGUGGCCUUGGCGGAAGACUUCCUGCUAAGGCAGAGGCCCGAGAAGCAGCGGCCCGAGCAGGUGCUGGGGGUGUCCAAGGAGGGGUCUGCCAAGAUCCCUGAAGUGGAGGCAUCUCCCUUGGGUGCCUGGCCAAGGCCCCUCUUCAGAGAGAUCAAACAGGAAGGCGACAGAGAAGCAGCCUUGCUGGCAGGAGGUGGGCAGGAGCAGAACAUACAAGAAGAUGCCAGGAAACGGGAACCGCACUGGGUGCUGUCAGGAAGGGGCGGGCAGAAUGCCUCUGGCUGGCCUAAUCGGGGCGAAGCGUCUGCCAGCCAGGAGGAAGCGUACCCCGAGAAAGAAGGGGACAAGUUUAUAAAUUCCCAGGGCAGGUACGUGGAAUUCGAUGGGAAUGCAGCCCAGCUCACCGUCCCUGCACCAAGCGAGUCGCAGAAGCCGGCUCACGAGAGGCAGAAGUCCUGCGCCCACUGCGGGAAGGACUUCCAGCUGAAGUGCAACCUGCAGGCCCACGAGAGGACCCACACGGGCGAGAAGCCCUACAAGUGCUCCGUCUGCGGGAAGGGCUUCAGCACGAGGGCAUACCUGAUCACCCACGAGAGGAUCCACACGGGCGAGAAGCCGUACCAGUGCUCGGACUGCGGCAAGAGCUUCUGCGACAACUCCAACCUGAUAGUCCACCGGAGGACCCACACCGGCGAGAGGCCCUACAAGUGCACGGACUGCGGGAAGAGCUUCCGGGAGAGGCCGGUGCUCAUCCGGCACCAACGGAUCCACACGGGAGAGAAGCCCUACAAGUGCAGGGACUGCGGCAAGAGCUUCAGCCAGAGCUCGGGCCUCCUGGUGCACGAGAGGACCCACACGAGAGAGAAGCCCUACACGUGCACAGACUGCGGGAAGAGCUUCGGCGGCAACUCAAACCUCAGGGUCCACAUGAGGAUCCACACCGGGGAGAAGCCCUACAGGUGCUCGGACUGCGGGAAGAUCUUCAGCGACCGCUCGCUUCUCGUGCGGCAUCAGAGCACCCACCAAGAGGGGAAGUGUUAGAAAAGGGCGGGGGAACAACACACAAACUGGAGUUUCACAGUUCCAUACUGUCUAGGAAAAUGACAUUUUGAUGCACACAUGUACCCCACUCACACGUCCAGUGGUACCUCAGGUUAAGUACUUAAUACAUUCUGGAGGUCUGUUCUUAACCUGAAACUGUUCUUAACCUGAAGC